AUGGGGGCAGAGGUAAGAAAGAUUUAAUACAGAAUAGUUCUUAGAUGAGGAGAGGAACCCUGAUAUGCUGGGGCAGGAAGGGCGUUUUAAAAGUCAUUAUCAAUCGCCAAAAUUGGAGCUGAGAUCGCAGCUUUUAUUAACUACGAUAUAAAAACUGAAAGGAACGAGUUGAAUGAUCCAGAAAAUUUGAUUGCACAAGCACUAGCCAAAGCACAAGCUUAGUCCCUGUAUGAAAAAAAGAUACCAUAGAGAAUUUCAAAAUUAACUCACGAAAAUCGUUGUUUUUUUCGCUGUUGCGACUGUCCCCUUGAGGUUCUUUGCCAUAUCUUAACAGAAAAAGUAUUACCAAUUUUCAUUUAUUUAAAACAAAAACAGCUCAUAGACUUAUGAGGCAUCAAAACAAGCAUUCCAAGGGAAUAAAAUGGGUCUGUAUCGUCUGCUCGAAGAAAUAGCCAUAUAAUAAACAUUUUUGAAAAUCAUCUUAUUUUGUUUCACUCCUUAAGAUUGCCGGGUCAAACAACAUCGCUAUCGACUCGUCUACAGAUGGUUCCCCUUCGGACGAAGUCUUUCUAACAAACUCUCAAUCUUCAACUUUGUUUUCACUGUCUUCUGUCUCCAUAAUACCUUGGAAUGCUGAGUCUUUAGAGUCCACGGACAACAGUCCUCUUGCACUGGUGCAAGGAGUAGCCAGAGCAACGGUCCAAAUGAACAGGAGAAUGCGGGAAAGAGAACAGCGUGAAUUGGAGCAGGAAGAACUUCAAAGGGACAAGGAAAGAAGGGAAAGAGAGAUUAGAAUGAGAAGAAAUAGAGAAAUGAUAGAAAGAGAGAGAAGGGAAAUAAGAAGAUCUCGUGGAUGGAGAGAUCGACAAGAGGCAGUUCCUGGACCUUGGUGCUCAUGCCGCCUCGAUGAGGUGACAAUAUAACAUGUUUUUAUUUUGUUUCUUUCCUUCUUAAUUGACCAGUAGGUCGUCUUUCCUCGCACCUUCUCGAGAAAAGUUGCGACAGGUUCUUUCAUAUCUAAAUGAAUGACGCAAGCGACCAACGACGGCAUUUAGAAAAAGGAAAAAUACGAACUGAAAAACGAGAAAGAAAGAACCCGUGAAUGAGAGGAAAUUGAACGAAGUAAAACACUUACUGAUCCCAUUUCCUAAACUCCAGUUAAUACAGUUUCGCAGGUUGCUCAUCAUCACUUCUUUCUGCACUCCAUUUGAAAUUUCGUAGUUUUACGUUUUUUAAAUUUUCAGAUAUUGUAGGAGACACCACAUGCAGAAGAUGUGACAGACAGAAAUACUUUUAAGUCUUGA